GUGAAAAUUACUUCGUGCCCUAGCUCAGAGUUAAGGUGUGAGCACGGUUGCUCCUUUCUCCUCCUCUCGGCAUUUUACAGUUUGACACUAGUACCUGCUUCUGAGCUUUUCCGACGAGAUGUCAUCGGACUCUCCUCAGAAGCGAGUCGUGGAAUCAGUCGACGAAAUCCAUGAUAAGGAUUCCGACGGUCAUCGGGGAAAGCGAUCCAAGAUUGACAAGCCCUUCACCGGCGUCUCCAGCUCCGUUCGAGACACGGAAACUUCACCGAGCUCUCUCGUCUCUGAUGAUAAAGCACACGAUGUUUUACAGCCGAAAGGCGACCAAGCCGGUGACCAUCCGGAGGCUAUCUGCUCUCCAGCACCACAAGCGCUUUCGCCCAAACAUUUGGCUCCAGAACAUGUUCAGGACCCUCCCCAGCAAUGCCACAAAAAUAAUGACAAGGUCUUGCAGAGCACUCAGGAAGAUAAGGCAGAAUAUAUAUGCUUCGGGAUGCUAACGUGGGAUAGCUGA